CGCGUUUCGCGAGUUCUUGUUGCCCGCUCAUUUUUACGAGUAUCUCAUCGUCGGACUCACGCCAGUGCCAUACUUCCAGAACGCCGACUUGUUAUCGCUACAGACAUGGCACAACAUAAUGGACAUCUGGGUGUGACCGCCCCCAUCUCCGUCAUGGAAUCUACAACUAGAGAAAAGGAGGUUACGAUUACGUUGCUUGAAGAGCUCAAGAAGCAGAAGACUAUCGAAGGCGAGGAGGAAGCACGGACACGUGAAAUUGUUCUAGGUCGGGUGGCGGCUCUUGUCAAAAAAUGCGUGCACGAGAUUUCACUGGCGAACGGCCUCUCUGAAAGCGCUGCCAACGCAGCCGGUGGGAAGAUCUUUACGUUUGGGUCAUACCGACUAGGUGUACAUGGUCCUGGCUCCGAUAUCGAUACCUUAUGUGUAGUGCCUAAACACGUAUCGCGCGAGGAAUGGUUCGACGUCUUCGAAAGAAGACUGCGCGAAAUGGAUGGAGUCACUGAGGUGUCCGGCGUACCGGAAGCAUUUGUACCUGUCAUCAAGGCCAAGGUUCUGGGUAUUCCCAUCGAUUUCACCAUGGCACGUUUAGCGCUGUCCUCAAUACCAGAGGACCUUGAUCUCUCUGAUGAUAAUUUACUGCGCAAUCUGGAUGAACGUUGCGUUCGAAGUCUGAACGGGUCCAGGGUCACUGAUGCUAUCCUACGUCUGGUACCCGAGGUCAACGUCUUCAGAGUAGCGUUGCGAUGCAUCAAGUUAUGGGCCACGAGGAAGGCCAUAUAUUCUAACGUCAACGGCUUCCUUGGCGGUGUCGCUUGGGCAAUGCUCGUAGCACGUGUUUGCCAACUAUAUCCCAACGCGUGCGCCGGGGCCAUCGUGAGCCGAUUCUUCAUCAUCAUGUAUCAAUGGAAAUGGCCGCAGCCUGUGCUGUUGAAGACAAUCGAAGAAGGCCCAUUGAAUGUCCGCGUCUGGAAUCCGAAGCUUUAUCCCACCGACCGAGCUCAUCGGAUGCCGAUUAUUACCCCCGCAUACCCUGCAAUGUGUGCAACACACAACGUUAUGGCCUCGACGCAGAUGAUUAUCACCGAAGAGCUGAAGAAAGGUUCGGAGUUGGUAGAGAAGAUCAUCGUGGGCACUGCAGAUUGGUCAGAGCUGUUCAUCAAGCACGACUUCUUCGACAAGUAUCGCUAUUACCUGCAGGUUAUUGCGUCCACUGGCAAUGCAGACUUGCAGCUGAAGUGGUCCGGCACGGUCGAGUCCAGGAUACGUCAGCUUGUCAUGAAGCUAGAAUAUGUCGAUUCCUUGACUCUUGCCCAUCCUUUCAUCAAAGGCUUCGAGCAAGUCUCGUACUGUCUUUCCGAUGAAGAGGUGCGUGCAGUGGCUCAGGGCGAGAUAUCAGAGACUGUCAAGAAGAGAGUACUGGAAGAUAUCAAGGAUAAGGAAGGCGCUAGCACCGUCUACACCACAACCUUCUACAUAGGCUUGGCCAUAGAGCCUAAGCAACCGGGGUCAAACGGGCCCCGCAAACUUGACAUCAGUUAUCCCACCACAGAGUUCACGAAACUCGUGAAAAUGUGGGAGAAGUUUGACGAAGCGAAAAUGGGAAUCGUUGUCAGACAUAUCAGACAUACUGCUUUACCCGACUACGUCUUUGGCGAGGGCGGCCGUCAGACGCGUCCGCAGAAACGACCCAAGACGAGCAAGAAUUCUGGUCAGUCGGGCAAUACCUCUCCAGAGCAACCAAACAAGAAGCGGCGGUUGGUGAAGUCCUCUUUCCGCACGAUUCGUUCUUCAAUGCGCCAUUUUCGACAGACCUUCGUACAUGACCUCGGAGUUGACCUCGGAAUCGACGACUGAAAAGCCGGUUCUUGCUGCAAGUGAAGGCGCGGUAACCAACGGUAGUCCAGCCCGGACCUCGAACGGGCUGUACGGAAAUGUUCUCGAGACACCCUCCGACAGCAAAUCUCCUCAAUUACCCUUUGGCGAAAACGUUGCAAUCGCUACAAGCACUGCGGCUGCGGCUGCGGCUACCGCUACCGCGUCAUAGCUUUCACCAUAUCUCCAUAACCAGGAUGAUCAGCUUUGUGCCUGCCUCUGUCACCUGACGCCGUGCAUACCAGGACGUAUCACCUUAUGCUCAUGGAGAUGAUUCUCACUACUCGUCUUUCCACCAGAUUCCAUUGACCUUGGACAUCAGUUCAGGCGCUGAUGAACAGGUGAACUCGGCCAUGGAUUCCGAUCAAACCGGUUCUUUCAUAAAACUUGACUUUGGCCUGUAUUUCUGAAAUCCUCCUCGACAAUGUAUUGUACCCC